AGCACUUCCGGUUACCUUUGGCGGCUACUUCGAAGCAAAUGUCAAAUUUGUUGUUCAAACCAUCACUGUUAUGUGUUUCCGUUGCUAUUUUGGUUGAUGGUUCGGAUAUAGUUUGUUUUACAUGACUGGUUUGUUAACGAAGUGCUUGUUUAAUCAAUUUCGAUGUGAUCGACGUUAGCGUUGCACCAUAAACACAACCGAGAUGGAGUUUGACACAUCAGUUUUGAUGCGUCAGGCUGCUCCACCAUCAGUUGAUUCAAGUGGCCCACUGAGCAAGCGACAAAUUCUCUUUACGAACUGGCUGCUACUCGGACUUGAUGUUCCAACACAGCAGAGGACUUACAGCAUUCCUUUCAACAAGGACAUGUUCAACUUACCAAACAAGGCUGGUGCGGAAGCUAUCUUACACUUCCUGUUUGAUAGGCUCAACCCUGUCAUGUGUAAGGAAGAGUUCAGAGAUUGCUGGCGUGUCAGUGACAAGAAGACUGAAGCAAUGUUCUACAGAGUGUGUAACAAGUGGCUGAAAAAUAUUCAAAAGGAGGAGCCCGACUCUCGCCUGCCCCGCAUCAAUGCAUCCCUGUUUAUGUCUCCCGGAGGAGAAAGGUUCUAUCAGCUGCUCUUCAGUUUCACCAGCUAUGUCAUGCAGCAGGUCAUCAAGCGGGACUGUGACGUGAAGCAGCGGGACAAGCUGACCUGUCCUCAGUUAUCCUCCCACAACAAGCAUCUGAGUGAUGUCAUGUACCGCAUGAUGCAGUGUGGGGUCGUGCAGCGGAGAGAGAAGUUCCUAGAACAGGUGGAGAGAACCAUCUCUGUCAGUGAUGAGUGGAGAGAAACAGCCAGUGAGCUUGUGAGGGAGAACCGCCGCCUGUCCAAGAGUAUCCGAGAACUGGAGCAUCAGUUGAGGGAGGAGACACAGAGGGCACAUGAGAAGGGCCUGGCUCGCGGCAGUCCAAUGCCUUCCAAGAGAAAAUCCUUCACCUCGGAGCAUGAUCACACUCCACACGUCAUAAGAAGAGCCCAGAGAGUACAAAAGGCACGAGAUAAGUGGAAGAAAUUGGAGGCAUUUUGUAACUUUGAGACUCGAGAACGGCAGGUGAUUGAGUCAAUCCUGGACCGAACUGUGCAGAAAUAUCAUAUUGAUGCUGCAGAUAUCAGUGUCAAGGUGCCGGAUCUCCUGUUGAGGGAGUGUGAAAAUGAAAUCUUGAAGCGCCAUGUUGAUAAUACCUACCAGGGAGGUCGUCUCAAUCUCCUCAGCCUCAUACAGCUGUGGAACCUCUCCCUGCAUCUCUACAUAGAGAGAUUUCAUCAAGUGGGUGUUCCUAGUUUAGAGACGGAAUCCAGUCACUUGACAGCUGCAGUCCACACCCAUCAGGCCCAAACUGCCAACGCUAAUGCCUUCCAGAAAAUGUUAUCUGAAGAUUUUUUGCCACUCCUGAAGCAAUCUGUCUCUCGUCUCCGUGAGAAGCUUGAGGCAGACACCAGUUACCUGACAGAUACACCACAGUCAGGACGCACCAAGUCGGUUGGCCUUGGUCUGUUUUCAUCAACACCCCCAUUAUCCUUCACCCCCAAGGAUGAGGACCCUGUCCCCCCACAGUCUGCUCUGCACAUCACCCCACAACACGAUGCUGUGAUGACUCCAGAAGCUGCUGAUUGCAUUGCUAGCACCGUGACCAAGUCAGCGCGCAAUGUGGCCAAGACACUUUUCCAGGGCAGCCCUGUGUAUGCUCCCAAGAUGGCAAUGCAGGGGAGACAACCCUUCUCUGACAGAAUUGACACAAGUAAAAUUCCGCAGCCUAAGCAGAUUAAGAAAGAUAGACCCACAAGCUGUAGGACCCCCUCUAAAGCAAGGGAGCACCUUUAUCAGCAGUCUGUUCAGACUCCAGACACCAGCCUACGAGCCCCUCACAUCUCCCUCCUGACAGAUCCUGUCUCUGAUGUCAUGUCUUCAAGUACUUCAGAUCGCUCCAACACACUCACAGAAUCACAGAUGGGUCCGGGCACCCCACGUAGUGUCUCGGGAGUUCGAGACUCCUGGAAUGGUGGUUUGGGGCGAAACAACAACACACUCACAGAAUCACAGAUGGGUCCUGGCACCCCACGUAGUGUCUCGGGAGUUAGAGAAAUGUGGAAUGGUGGUAUGGAGAAUAAGAACGAGACUCGCACAGAAUCACAGAUGGGUCCUGGCACACCACGUAGUGUCAGUGGAGUUCGAAACUCACAUUAUGGUGGUGUGUUAAACAAAGCAACUCCCAACAACGAGCUUUUCCUCACAACACACCCACGCGGCACAAAUGUGGAUGAGUUUGUGGAUGAAAUUGUAUCUCACAUGCUGGACCUAGAGGACCUUGAGGACACUGAGAACUGUCCCCCACUCAACUAUGCCCAGAGGCUGCAGGACCAGACACGAUCCGUCCUCCGCAGCCCUUUCUCCCAGGCCCAUCCUCAAGCUGUUGUCAGGGAUGAAGUGGACCUAAAUUCCAGCAACAUCAACCACAAGCUGCUUGAAGUGGAGGCACAGCAGGACCGAGGUUUCAGUAAAGGACAAAAUGUUUCCUCUCGAGACGCUGUUAGCAAGAGUCUGGACAGAGAAGAAUAUUUAAGAAAUUCUAGUUUUGAAAGAGGUUCCGAAAAAACAAUAGAAAAGUUGUCAUGUAGUUUUGUGGGAGGUGGCUUAAAACUGCCCAAGCCAUCUUCAUCUGUUCCUCCACAGCAUAGUCCUGUGAAGCAGCAGGACCCGGAUGCGUUCCGGUAUCCAGACUUACCAUAUGUCUUCGUUAAGAAUGGUCCCCCAAUUCCAACUUCACAACAUAAACCCCAUCAUGCUGUAAACAGGAGUGCAGAUACUGAGGUGUUUAGACAUCCUGACAUGCCUGAAGACGUUUCUCCCGAGAUUGAUCCGCAUGGAAGCCAGAGGCCUCGGAAAGUUGUCCACUCCCCAGCUGAUAAGAGUCAUCUCAGUCUUCCUAUCUUUCCAAACUCUAGUUCGUUAGAAGACUUGCAUCAAACCGCACAAGAUGUUUCGAAUCUGUCAGAGGAUCUUGCAAAGUCUGUGUAUCUUGAAGAUAAGGCAGGGGUGUCUAGGCAAACAACCGAGCAGGAGGCAGUGUCAGGGACAACAGUCACAUCUCCAUCCCACGGCGUUGCAGAAUCUGCUCACCAGUCAGACAUUCCAUUGUCACCGAGGCAGAAUACCAUCCAGUCCCCCGAACGGAAGCUGGGGAGCCACCUUGAGACGGAGAUCCGGCGGUUGUGGCGGCAGUCCCUGGACGGGGAGACGCUUCCGGGUUCGCCGCACCUGGAGCGGCCAGCAUCUUCUCCACGGAUGACCACUUCCCUGGAUCUCAAUGUCAACAGAUCUGCCAAGGCCAAGAAGUCAGCCAGAGAGGGUCCACCUCACCAGUCAAACGGAUUCAGUGGAAUGUUGUUCCAGGAUGAUGAGGAGUUCACCACUCUUGACGAUCUCACAGCAGAUAUUUUACUGUCACCAGAAGCACUGGAGGAAGAAGAAGAAGACAUCCCAGUAAAGUCAUCCAUAGUACAACCCAAAGGCUCUUCAACGCAUAUUGUUGAUGACCUUUUUCACACCAAGACACCUCAAAUUCCACGUUUUAGGUCAAAAUAUAUGUCUUUACAGGAGAGUCCAUUUUCCCAAUCAACAGAGAAAGUCAAUACAAGUUCUUCAUUGGAUCCUCCUUCAAGGUUUGACACUGAUGCUUUGUCUCCAUGGAUGUCUCAGACCAUGCCCAUGUUCAGCAAAGGUGUUCUGAAUACUUCCCGACCAGAAACAUCAUUUCAGGUCGGUGAUGCUGACUCGAGUCAGGUCAGGUCGGUGUUUGAUGACACUGAGAAUGUGCAUGAAGAAGAUGCUACUCCAGACAGGUUUCAAUCGUUGGAUGAAUCUUUCGCUCCCUUGAGCGAAGGUCUACAGCUUCAGGGCAAGUCUCCUUUCAAGUCAGUUCAAGACCAGAACAGAAUAAGCAGUGAGCCCACUCAUGAUGAGAUCAUGGCACGGUUUCAUCAGUUCAAAAAGAGUGUGCUUCAGGACAAGAACGAGGGGCAGAGAACUCUUGAACCCGAACUGCUUCAGUCGACCUCCAGCUCUGACGAGAGACUGAUGUCGGCUUUAGAACAGAAGUACAUCACAGGACUGAACACGUCGUGGUCCCUACUUGAUGAUGAAACUCUGGAUGACAUCAACUGUCUUCAAGACAUUUAGUGCAUGUUUUGUUAAUGUAUGUUUUUAAUGAUGCCAAAAAGAUAAACGUUACCCAUGAGAGUUAAAAGAUUGAGUGUAACAGCAUUUUCCGAUAUUUAUGUAUGCGCACGUCAGCCAUUCUCAAUGCUGAUUGGUCAGUUUAAGCGAUAUGUCGCAUUGCUGCUUUGUUGAGAACACAACAGAUUGACUUUUGUGAAGUUCCUCUGUUGGCUUGACAUUACUAUUGUUUUUCUUCAUUUUCUUUUUUAAAAUGAAAAUAAGUAAUACAGUGAAUAACCUCAAAAGUCAGAAUUAGAGAUUCUUUGCCCCUCAUGAAUGCUGAAAGUACCUUGCUAUUGGCUUGGGGCUUACUUUAUUGAUGCAUAUCCAUGAAGAUCCCAUCUUCCCGAGGCAAGUGAGUUAACUGACUAUAGAAGUCCAGUUUCCACCCUUGCCAAACUAGGCUAGUAUUAUGGAGUUACAUUUUGGCUGGACUGACGAGUCUAUGCAUAGU